AUGAGUCGCUUGCACCUGGAUACCACAGUUGGAAACCAGAGGUAUUCCUUUAUGGAAACACCAGUCGAAAUGCACCCAUCCUAUCAACGGAAUCUAUCGACUCCCCCGGAACUAAGUGCGCCCCCGCAUCCCGUGGAAGAACCCCCGGAGCAACGGCGAGCAUGGACAUAUGCACCGAGUGAGAAAGAGCCACAAUUUCAAAAUCGGGGAAUAAUCCCAGACCAUGCCAACCGUCCGCCCAUCGAGCAGCACCCAGCCAACUAUGCGCCCAUAGCUCGGAACCAGCAGCAACAACCACCACAACAUAACACUUCAAUGUCUCCUCAGACCUACGCGAUUGCGCCCAAGCAGCAUACCACCCAACUUUAUACCCAGUCGUAUACCCAAUCGUCUACAAACAUAGCCGAACAAAGUCGCACCAUCACUCAAGCAUAUGCAAAUCAGUCGCAUACAAACAUACCCGAGCAACAGCACCGGUGGAACCAACAAGUUGGCAUGACCAUAUCUCCUCGGUAUGCGAACGUACCUCAACAACACAGCACCACAAUAUCUCCCCAUUCAUAUACAACUCAUCCAUAUGCGGCGCAGUCAUACACCCACGUCCAGGACCAACAGCGCGACACCGAACCAUCCACCCGGCAAUGUGUCUCGUAUCCCGAAACCCCCAGCUCACCCCCGAUCUCGCCAGGGCCACUGCCACUGAAGGUAAACCCUGAAGCGCCAGCACGAAGCGAAACCAUGUCCAUCGUUCCAGACGAAAAUCCCCUCCAGUCACCCAAGUCACCAUAUUUCCCUCCACCCACUACAGCGGCGGCAUCGCGCACUCCCCCACCAGACGACCUAAGUGCGUACCACCAUCCCGGCCAAUCAAUGCAUCCAAAUCAGGAGAUGAAGGGAGGAGGAUGGAGCAAUGGAUUGUGCGAAUGUUCGAAUUUCGGAAUCUGCUGUCUGGGAAUGCUAUGUCCAUGCAUUCUGUAUGGGAAAACUCAGCACCGACUGUCGAUGAAAUCGAAAAAGGAGGACCCUACAAAUAUGCUCGGUUAUGAGACAUGCAAUGCGUCGUGCACGGGUAUGGGAUUGCUAUGCGGAUGUCAAUGUAAGCCCAAGUCCAACUUCAGUCUGGUUCCGAGUUUGGGUGAAAUCUGCAACCCGGCCGAGCAACCGUGA